AUAUUUCCAAAUGUGUGUAAAGUUUCCAUAAGUUUAUGGUUUCCAUAAGUUUGUUAACAUUUAAAUUACAUUAUUGAUUAGCGAGCGAUUGCGUGAUUGAUUAGCGAGAUUUAAAACAUUAACUGAACUCUUAUAUUAAACUAUAAUAUUAUAAUAAUAGUUAAAUGUUAUUUUGAACAAUCAUGAUAAUCAUAAGUAAGUAUCAUAAGAAUUUAUAAUUUUUAAUAAUUUAUAUAAUGUGCAUGAGAUUUUUGUAGUAGCUAACAUUAUAAAUAUGAAUAAAAUGUUGGAUGGACCAUUUUGUUGGGCUAUUUGGAAUGAAGACGAAGAUGAAGAUACCUUAGGUGUUAUUUCAUCAAAUUGGUUAGUUACUGGAAGCCAUAUUUUGUGGCCACCUAACAACUAUCUACAAGUGAAACAUGCAUUUCAUGGAAGAAGGGAGCCUGAUCAGUCAUGGAAAAAAUUUAAACUGGUUAAAGUUAAGGUUUUUGGAACAUACGAGUUUUGCAAUGACUUAUGCAAUACACAAGUUGGGUGGUUUUCCACAGCUAACGAAAGUGUCUCACCAAUAAAGAAUAAAAUAAUUAAAAAAAAAUAAUAGUUAUUUUUUAUUAAGUUAUGAUAAUCUUUUGGAGAAUCAAGGUACAAGUUACUUGCU